UUGUUUGAAUUUCAGGUGUGUAUAGAUCAUGAUCCUCGAAUUUCACAUCUUGACACGGUUUAUGUAUAUCACUUUGGUACUAAAUUUUUAGUUGAAGUGCACAUUGUGCUAGACGAAGAUAUGCCAUUAAAAGUUGCGCAUGAUAUCAGCGAAUCGCUGCAGAUCAAUAUUGAAAGUCUACCUGAGGUGGAGCGUGCCUUUGUUCACACCGAUUACGAGUACGAUCACCAACCUCAAGAUGAGCACAAAAUUGUUUGA